UCGAAGCAGCUUCAAAUGCCAUCCUCGAGUUGACUUUCCUACAAAUUUCAUUCUGCUUUCUAAUCGAUCUCUCUCUUUUCUGAGUGUUUAUCGGUUUCGUUGUUAAAAUCUUCGUCGGAGACGAUGCAGAGCGAGUCGAGGAUAAUUUCGGCCACUGUUCUUCUGUUCAUCUCGAUUCCCAUGGCGUGCUCCCUCUCCUUCAACCUGAGCAGCUUCAAUCCGCAGGAAAAUCUAGUGAUCAAUCAGAACGACGCCAUCUUGAACGGCUCCAAGAUCGAUCUGACGCGAUACCCCAUGCAAUACGCCACCGGCAGAGUGGAGUACGGCGAUCCCCUGGUCCUGUGGAGCUCCGCCACCGGAAACCUCACGGAUUUCACCACCCAAUUCACCUUCGUCGUCAACUCCUUCAACGGCUCCGAGUACGCCGACGGCAUCGCCUUCUUCCUUUCGCCGUACAACUACAGCCGGCCGCCCUACUCCUCCGGCGGCUUCCUCGGGCUCUUCACCAACAGCUCGCUGGCCGCCGUCAACUCCACCGUCGUCACGGUGGCCGUCGAGUUCGACACCUUCGCUAACGCGUGGGAUCCAGAGGGCGACCACAUCGGGAUCGACGUCGACUCGAUCGUGUCUAGAGUGACGGCGCCGUGGAAUGCCGACGCCGGCAUCAGGGCGGGGCGGGCGGCGACCGCGCGCGUAAGCUACGAUUCCACCACCCGCAACCUGAGCGUCCUGGUGAGCUAUGACUCAGGUCGGGCCUCCUCCGCCAGCCUGUCCCUAAUCGUCGACUUACGAGAAAUCCUGCCGGAGAAGGUGGGAAUUGGCUUCUCGGCGACCACCGGAAACUUGACCGAGACGCACUCUCUUCUCUCUUGGUCCUUUCACUCGACCUUGCAGCUGCCUCUAGUUCAAAGCGGAGGAAGUAAGCAACCGGCGGCUGCCAUCGCUGGCGGCGCGGCAGCCGGUACGGUCGCCUUGAUCUCGCUUGCAGCCGCCUUAAUCUGGUGGUGGAAGAGGAAAAGGCCGGAUAUUAACAUUCCCCUCAACGUCCGAUUCGCGAGAGAGGCGGGACCGAGGGAGUUCCCCUACGAAGUGCUCGCCGCCGCCGCGAGCAACUUCUCCGGGGAGGUCAAGCUCGGCGGCGGCGGAUUCGGGUCGGUCUACAGGGGCCAAUUGGACGGCCGCGACGUCGCCAUCAAGAAGGUCUCCCUCGAGAGCGAACAGGGCAUAACAGAGUACAUCUCGGAGGUGACCAUCAUCAGCCGUCUCCGGCACUGCAACCUGGUGGAGCUCGUCGGGUGGUGCCACCGCCACGAGCGGGAGCAGUACCUGCUGGUGUACGAGUUCAUGCCGCACGGGAGCCUCGACAAGCACCUGUACGACGCCGGCGAGUGCAUGCCGUGGCCGCGGCGGCUCCACGUGGCGCUCGGCCUGGCGGCGGCGCUUCGGUACCUGCACCACGAGUGCAAGCCCAGCGUGGUGCACCGCGACGUGAAGCCCAGCAACGUGAUGCUCGACUCCGAGUUCAACGCCAAGCUCGGCGACUUCGGGCUAGCGAGGCUGCUCGACGACGACGGCGACCAGCGGCAGGCGACGAAGUUGGCCGGCACGAGGCCGUACAUGGCCCCCGAGUAUUACUACGACGGGGAAUUCAGCAGCAAAACGGACGUCUAUAGCUUCGGGAUCGUGGCGUUGGACAUCGCGUGCGGGAGGAGGCCGAGGGAGAUCGAGAAGAUGCUGGUUGAAUGGGUUUGGGAGCUCUACGGCAAGGGAUCGGUCCUGGAGGCGGCGGACCGGAGGCUGAACGGCGAGUUCGACGGGAGCGAAAUGGAGCGGCUGAUGGUGGUGGGACUGUGGUGCGCGCAUCCCGACUGCAAGCUGCGGCCGUCGAUCCAAGAGGCGACCCGCGUGCUCCGAGCGGAGAAGCCGUUGCCGGAGCUUCCUUCGACGCGGCCCAGGCCAGUCUACCAGCAUCUUCAGGUGACCGACGCGAUCGUGUCGACGGCGCUCAGUUUGAUGACGGCGAGUUCGUCGUCGAUCGGCACUGCGGAUUCGACAGAGUUGAGAAUAUUUGUUGAAACUACGAUUCCUCCCGUCAUCUCCUCUCCGGAUCCAUCUCCAUGAUCAAUGAACUACGUAGCGAAUUAAAAUAAGCUGCAUAAAACUUGUAAAUGUAAUUGAAGCAAA